CCGGUAUCCAAACGAAUACAUACGCGAGGAACCAGACCGUAGCGUCGUCAGAUAAUUGAACGGGGGCUCCAAAACCGUCAUGACAACGGUAAUGGCGGCUGGAGCAUCUGGCCCAGCUAAACUUCAAGCUGUUACCCAGUUGAUGACCAAAGUCCAGGGUCACCUUGAGAGCCCAACCCUGUCUCAAACAGAACUUGAGGCUUCUCUGGAGCAAUUGAAGCUGUACGGAAGAGACCCGAGAUUUGCAGACCCCAUCUUCAGCCAAGAUGGCAUAAAAUCUUUAGCCAGACUCGCUUUCGAAAGCCAGUCUAGGCCGGUUGCUCGGGGCGCUCUGCGAGUGCUCGCCAACUCUAUGCUCCUGAGACCCAACACACGGCAGACAGUGGUUGACCUUGGGUCUCCGGGGAUAGCAUGCAAGCAGCUGCGUGAGGAGGGUCCUAAGGACUGGGACGACUCGUUCCUCUUAUCCAGAGUACUUCUCCUCGUCACUUACGCCCAACUGGAUCUCUCUACUCUAAUAGAGGAGAACGACAUGGCGGGCGCGAUUGCAGCAAACCUGAACCGCCAUGCCGAAGCCCUGGACAAAAGCAAACCAUCCGAACCAGCACAUCCGAUGCAGGACAUGGCUUUGGACGAGACCCUCCGGCUUCUCUUCAACGUCACACAUCUCUCCUCCGAACAGGCGUCGCUAUUUACCUCAGCCGUUCCACCUAUUGUUUCCCUGCUUUGGAAGCAGGAGAUACCCCCUAACAGGCCCCUAGAUCCGCCCUUUUCUUCUUUGGUCAAUCCGCUUCUCAACCUGAACCUACAAGCCGAAGAGGUUCGACCGUCUCUCUUUCCCAAAGAAAAGCCGACGCGCGUCGUAGAAAGACUAGUUCGGCUCCUCGAGCUGUCCCUCGAGACGAAGGCAUAUAGCGAAACAGACCUGGAACAGAAUCUGCCGCCACUCAUAGGUGUCCUGCAGGCGCUCCAUUCGGCAGCAAAUGACGAGGUGAAGAACUAUUUGCGGACUCGGCUGCUCCCACCCGAGGAAGACCGGAAAGAAGCUCUAGGCCGGGGCGCCUCGCUCGGCUCCAAGCUACUGCGAAACUCGAACAACCCCACGACGCCCCAGCUAGGGGAGGUGAUAGCCAACCUCUUAUUCGAGCUUUCCGAUAGGGACGCGACCCAGUUCGUCGAGAAUGUCGGGUUUGGCUACGCGUCGGGCUUCCUGGCGAAGCAUAACAUUGCCACGCCGGAGAACGUCGCCCACACUUCCAACAGCACCACGAACAGGCCCGUCAACCCCAUCACGGGCCAGUUCCUGGACGAGGAAUCGACCCCAGACAUCCCACCGAUGACGGAUGAAGAGAAACUUAGGGAGGCCGAAAGGCUUUUCGUGCUUUUCGAGAGGCUGAAGCAAACCGGCGUAAUGAACGUCCAGAAUCCGGUGGAACAGGCUAUGCGAUCCGAUCGCUUCCAGGACCUGGGAGAGGAUCGGGUGACGGAGGUUGAUUCAGACUAGCCAGUUAUUUAUCACUUUAGCUUUGCUGAUGAGCCAUUUGGAUAGGUCUGGGGGGCCCGCAAAUGGGGUCUUUCUCAAAAGUGAGCCUUAACAUAGUACCGACUCGGAUUUCUGGGGGUUUUUCGUGUCAGUUGGAUUGACGCUGUAAUCCAAAGGGGCCUUUCAGCUUUUCUAUGUAUCUAGUCACUUCAUGGGAGAGUAUCAUCAUAAGAAUCUGGAUAUUGAGGCAGACAGGUGAUGGAGACUGCCUCAGGUAGUUAGUUUCAUCAACAGAACACGGC